CAACCACUAACCCCUAGACCGAUUUUGCCCAGCUUCGGCUUAACUUGCGGUUCCAUAUGCCCCGACUCGGGCUAGAAAGAUGCAUCUUGCACAUUUCAUAGGACAGAGAUUCGCACGCAGUGUAAUGUGUAACGUUCUAAAAAUAGAAAUUGCACACACAUCUGAGUUUACAGAGAACCGAGGAAGUAGUAUCUUAUUUAUGCACGUUUUAGGCGAUUAAAGAUCCUCCUCUCCUAUAUACAGUAUUGGUACAUGCCUUGAAAAAUUUACAAAAAUGGGGGAAAUAAAUACAGGAAAAGAGAAAGCAAUCAAUAGGACCACAUCAGCGACUUUGGAACCUUGGCAAGUCGUCCUUUCCAAAUCUACAGAUCGGUGGCUGUACGUUUGGAAUAACAAAUUGUUCACGGACGUCGCAUUCUCGGUUGGGUUUGACGAGGAAGUGAUCGAAUGUCAUAAAAUAUUGCUCGUUCUUCAUUCGCCCGUUUUUGAAACAAUGUUCGGCCAACGGUGGCAAUCGAAAGAAAUCCACAUGCAAACAAUCUCCCUUCCUGACGAGGAGAUGGAAAUUUUCAAAUUUUUUCUCGAAUUUGUAUACACUGGCUCCUUCUCGACCAGUGAUAUCGACAAACUCAUUUCAGUUCUUGUCCUUGGGAAAAAAUACAUGUGCAACCAACUCAUAAAGAAAUGCAUCGAACAGCUAACGGAUGCUCUCACAGUUCAAAACGUUAUGCAAAUCUAUCAAGUUGCCGAGCUCAUGGAUGAACCUGAUCUCAACAAGGCGACCGAAGAAUAUAUUUUGCACAAUGCAAAUUCACUCUUCACUUCUGGAAAAAUUACCAAAAUUAACAAGACUGACUUGGGAAAAAUUUUGAAAAACGACGAACUUAACGUAGCUGAGAUUGAUUUGUUCAAUGCAGUUUACUCGUGGGGUCGAGGUGAAUGUUUGAAAAUGAACGGAAAUCCUGACGAUUCAUCCUUCAUGUAUGACGUACUAAAGGACGUGAUUCCACUCAUUAGAUUCACUAACAUGAGCCCUGAAGACUUUUCUCUGCAAGUGGUACCCAAAAAUAUUUUGCCAUUAGAGGACACCGUCACCAUUUUCAGAUUUAUGACGACGCCACAAGAGAAAAGAGAGGAGGUAAAGCCUGAUGUGCAACUUAAAUUCAACACGACAAAGAGGUCUCUGAGCUAUUUUGUCUACAACUUGCGACGGCUAAAAGGACACGGCUUUGACUUUGGAAGACAAUGGAACAAUUUUUGUUUUCAAACAGAUCGUGAUAUUAGAGUCAUCAGUUUAGGAUUUUUCAGAGCCAUCGAACCCAACGCAGUGUUGGACGUAGGAGUGAAAAUACUGAAUCAUGAAAUGACUGACACAUUGGCAGAAAUUAUGGACACGAAUGUAAAGAGUUUAGUAACAGAAGAUGUUUUUCAUAUCAAAUUCAAGACACCAGUUCGGAUCAAUAAAGAUGUUUUGUACACGAUUUCGUACAUUGUGAAAGGAAAAGAAACAUUCUAUAAAAGUUCAGUUGGGGAAUCACAAAUUGUUGCCAAUUGUGGUGCAGAAGGAAAAGUAACAUUUAAAUUUAAAGAAGCUGUGCAAGAUAAUGACAUGGAUCAAGUUCCAGAGAUUUGCUUUCGUUUAUAACACCAAAAGAAUUUGUUUUACUGAAUGAGUUCAUUUUCAUGCAAGAAAAAAACGCGAUGUGUUUAUAUGAAAAUUACUAGUGUUUUAAUCAGUCUUGUUUACAGUAAAUAACAUUAUUCAAUUUGUCUCAUUACAAUACAAAUUAAAUAUAUCACUAAUAGUUGA